GGUGCUUUGCGGGUGUUACGUCAUCACAAGGCGCCAAACACACCAAACAUUAGCAAUUGUCAAACAGUGCGUCAUUUUACAGUUUUUAUUAAUAUUCUGGCAUUAGUACUUUUACCUACGGCGGGCAGAAAUGUCUGGAAAGGCCAAGGAUAUUCUGCAGCUGGACCUUUACGGUUUGCUUGGGAUUGAAAACACUGCUACAGCGAAGGAGAUCAAAAAAGCCUAUCGACAGAAAGCUUUGAAAUGCCAUCCCGAUAAGAACCCCGACAAUCCACAAGCAGCGGCACUCUUCCACCAGUUGUCUCAGGCUCUGGAGGUGCUUACGGAUGCUGCUGCCAAGGCUGCAUAUGACAAGAUUUGCACGGCCAAAAAACAAGCAGAAGAACGAAACCGCAGACUUGAUGACAAGAGAAAGAAAAUUAAGCUUGACCUUGAAGCAAGAGAGCGACAAGCAGAAGCACAGACCCAAGAUGAAGUGCAAAUCACAAGAACACUUGAAGAAGAGAUCACUCGUUUGAGAGAGGAGGGAUCUCGACAACUUGAGGAAGAACAGAGGCUCAUCAGAGAGCAGAUCCAAAGAGAAAGAGAAGAACAGCAGAACACGGGAUACUACAGUCACAGAAACUCUGGAGCGGGGAGAUGUUCCAGUAGCAACGUCACGCCUAAAUUAAAGUUGAAGUGGAAGUGUAAAAAAGAAGAUGGUACAAAUGGUGGCUACUGUCAAGACUUCAUUCUUAAACUUCUACAAAAGUACGGAGAUGUUUUGAAUGUAAUCGUAUCAAGUAAGAAGAAGGGAAGCGCUGUGGUUGAAUUUGCGACUGUGAGGGCAGCUGAGCUGGCAGUAAAGAAUGAAAAUGGCCUGAGUGAAAAUCCAUUGAAGAUUUUGUGGCUUGAAGGUCAGCCAGACCUUGCUCCUGCAUCUCAGUUCAUGUCCACACAGGGUUCCCUGUCCAAUGAACGAGACUACGAGAGUGUGGUUAUGAUGCGGAUGAGACAGGCAGCUGAGCGACAGCGGCUGAUUGAACAGAUGCAAAAGGAGGAUGAUGAAGAAGCCACGUCUUAGCACCAGAGGACCUGGCUCGGCACCGGGCCACAGCCAAUACACAGAACACCUGUUUUAAGGUUUAAUUUUUCAAUGUGUUGUUUUGUGUUGAAUCAGACAAUUAAAUCAUCAAUGACCACAGAAAGUCCGUUUUAAUUUAUACGCAUUGUUUCUCUUCUAGUGAAGUGAGGAUGCUGGUAGGAUUCAGGAUUAUGUAGUCUCAGAGAAUUCAGGAAGCAAGUGUAAAUUGUGUUGCAGUCUUAGGUACAGUAAUUUGUAUUUGUGCAUACAUCAGGCAUAAAGUGGAUUACAUCUCUGCAAACAUUCAAGUCUGUUUCAGGCAAAACCAAGAAUUUUAAAUUGGGUAGCUUAAGAUGCUUCAUUUUAUGAGCUUCCUUGCUUUCCUCCUGUUGUAGAAAAAGCGACUCAAAAAUGAAUUCUCUUCCGCCAUUGUUAAAGGUUCUCAAUAAGACUGUAUUUUCUUGCUUUAAUUAUCUAAUGACGGUUAGAUCCAGUUGCAAUAUAAUCGUUGUUGAAAUGUCAAUGUAUUCAAAUAGGUAUGAUUUGUCUGGCAAAUGGCGGCAACUUGUCAAUGUAGCCAAAAAUCUUCCUCUAUGACACGACCAUACACUUGUCCAGUGACUCAGUGAAAGCAGCUGAGACAUGUAGCAAUCCAAACCACAGUCCGUGACUAGUCGGAUUUCAUUUCUCCCCCACGAAUCAACAGACAAGCCAACUUUACUACGUUACAGGCUGAACUUCAGAAGUGUUAUGGGCUCUCGUGAUAAAAUACCCUCGUGAGAGAUUAUCCAUCAUUGUUUUACAUGAUUCUUCAUGUCAAUGAAAACUUUUAAGGAGCCUUUGGGACUAAUGCUAGACUGCAUGUUUAUUUUGCUUGGGUAUCUUUUUUGAGGAAGGCAUGACUAAGGAAAAGCAAUUGGCAAUGUGUUAUUUGCUUAUAAACAGCCACACUUUCAGUCUUCACAAAAUGCAAUACGAGAGAUGUAUUUACAACUCAGUCUUGACAGACAUGGUCGGAUCACAAAAGAAAAGAAUACAGAAAUUAUUGGUGGCUUAAGCACGCAAUCUCUAUCUACAACAGCGCCUGCACACAACAAGCAAUUCUUUUUUUUUUUUUAUAAUUGUGAGAAGCCAAAAUUGUGAUCAAGGUUGAAAUGUUAUUAAUUGCCAAGCCAGUAUGUUAAAAGUGGAAACUGUUUUGUUUGAAUUGCCAACUGUUGUUUGCGGAACUGCAGUGAAUUCAUUCAAUUACUCAUAGGAAACCGAUGUCUCACUCUCUGUAGAUAUUAAGUCAAUAUUAACUUUUGAUCUCAGUAAUUAAAAAAAGGUCCACUGUUAUGAAAUGCAUGAUUU